GUGUGGGGAGGCGCAGGUCUAUUUAUUCUGGCCUGAACGCCGGCUGCUGGGGCUGCUCCCAGCUACCGGCCGUCCUGCCCGGAGCCCCAGAGCAGGCUGCUUCUGCCAGAGGGCUGAGGACCCAGCGCUUGCGGCUGGCCGGUGAAAAGGUAUCAUGUAUGCCACUGGUUCCAGGGGACAGUCCCCUGCUUUUGUACCUCAGAACGGAAGCAGUCAUCGCUCACCUGGUUAUGUUCCAGGGAAGGUUGUCCCCCUGCGCCCCCCUCCUCCUCCAAAGAGCCAGUUGCCAGCUAAAUCCACCUCCAUCAGACAGGAAGCCCAGCCGACCUUUGCAUUCUCCCCUGAAGAACAGCAGAUCCAGAGAGACAGCAGGAAGCAGAAGAGACACAAGAACACGUUCAUCUGCUUUGCCAUUACUAGUUUCUCAUUUUUUGUUGCACUUGCAGUCAUUUUAGGGAUAUCCUCAAAAUACGCUCCAGAUGAGAAUUGCCCAGAUCAAAACCCCCGUCUCAGGAACUGGGAUCCAGGACAAGAUUCUGCAAAAAAAGUUGUGAUUAAGGAGGGUGAUUUAUUCCGUCUGACCUCAGAUGCCACAGUGAAUUCGAUAGUCAUUCAGGAUGGAGGACUGCUUGUAUUUGGGGAUGAUAAAGAUGGAUCCAGAAAUAUUACUUUGAGGACUCGUUACAUCCUAAUCCAGGAUGGUGGGGCGCUUCAUAUUGGAGCAGAAAAAUGCCGCUAUAAAUCCAAAGCGACAAUUGCUUUGUAUGGCAGGUCAGAUGAAGGUGAAAGUAUGCCAAUAUUUGGCAAAAAGUUUAUUGGUGUAGAAGCUGGUGGGACACUGGAGUUACAUGGGACAAGGAAGACAUCUUGGACGUCAUUGGCACGGACUCUGAACUCUUCAGGCUUGCCCUUCGGGUCCUACACCUUUGAGAAGGACUUUUCCCGGGGCCUCAAUGUAAGGGUCAUUGACCAAGACACAGCCAAAAUUUUAGAGAGUGUGAAGUUUGAUACUCAUGAGUACCAAAAUGAGAGUCGGAAACUUCAGGAAUUUCUGAGAGUCCAGGACCCAGGACGAAUUGUUGCCAUAGCAGUCGGAGAUUCAGCAGUCAAGAACCUCUUACAAGGAACUAUCCAGAUGAUCCAGGAUCGCCUGGGAAGUAAGCUGAUCCAAGGACUGGGCUAUAGGCAACCCUGGGCGUUAGUUGGAGUCAUUGAUGGCGGAAGCGCUUCUUGCAAUGAAUCUGUGAGAUACUAUGAAAACCAUAGCAGUGGUGGCAAGGCGCUUGCCCAAAGAGAAUUUUAUACCGUGGAUGGUCAGAAGUUCUCCGUGACAGCUUAUAGUGAAUGGGACAAAGGGGUUUCGCUUUCAGGUUUCCGGGUGGAGAUUGUGGAUGGAGUGAAGCUUCACCUGCUGGACGACGUUAGCAGUUGGCAGCCGGGAGAGCGGAUUGUGGUUGCAAGCACAGAUUAUUCCAUGUACCAAGCUGAGGAGUUCACGCUUCUCCCCUGUCCGGAGUGUAGCCAAUUUCAGGUCAAGGUCAAAGAAACUCCGCAGUUCCUGCACAUGGGGGAGAUCAUAGAUGGCGUGGACAUGAGAGCAGAAGUUGGAAUUCUUACUCGGAAUAUUGUGAUCCAAGGAGAAAUGGAGGACGCAUGUUAUGCUGAAAAUCAGUGCCAGUUCUUCGAUUAUGAUACCUUUGGGGGACAUGUCUUGAUAAAGAAGAAUUUUACUUCAGUCCAUCUUUCUUACGUGGAAUUGAAACAUAUGGGUCAGCAGCACCUGGGGCGGUACCCGGUACAUUUCCACCUGUGCGGAGACGUGGACUACCGAGGGGGGUACAGGCACCCGACGUCUGUGGAUGGCCUGUCCAUCCAUCACAGCUUCUCCAGGUGCAUCACAGUGCAUGGGACUCACGGCUUGCUAAUAAAGGACACCAUUGGAUUUGACACACUAGGUCAUUGUUUCUUUUUGGAAGAUGGUGUUGAACAGAGGAAUACUUUGUUCCACAAUCUCGGGCUGCUCACCAAGCCAGGCACUCUCCUCCCCACCGAUAGGAACAACUCCAUGUGCACUGCCAUACGAGACCGAGUGUUUGGAAAUUAUGUCCCUGUGCCUGCCACGGACUGUAUGGCUGUUUCUACUUUCUGGAUUGCUCAUCCCAACAAUAAUCUGAUUAAUAAUGCAGCUGCAGGCUCCCAGGAUGCUGGAAUAUGGUAUUUAUUCCACAAAGAGGCUACGGGGGAGUCCAGUGGGUUACAGCUCUUAGCAAAACCAGAGCUCACUCCACUGGGAAUAUUUUAUAACAACAGGGUCCAUUCGAGUUUUAAGGCUGGUUUGUUUAUUGACAAAGGUGUCAAAACCACCAACUCCAGUGGCACCGACCCGAGGGAGUACCUCUGCUUGGAUAACAGUGCAAGAUUUCGGCCUCAUCAGGAUGCAGAUCCUGAGAAACCUCGCGUUGCUGCUGUGAUUGACAGGCUCAUUGCUUUUAAAAACAACGACCACGGGGCGUGGAUCAGAGGGGGAGACAUCCUCGUUCAGAACUCAGCAUUUGCAGAUAACGGAAUAGGACUGACCUUUGCCAGUGAUGGGAGCUUCCCCAGUGACGAAGGGUCUAGCCAGGAAGUGUCUGAGUCCCUCUUCGUUGGGGAGAGCAGGAAUUACGGCUUCCACGGUGGUCAGAACAAGUACAUGGGCGUCGGAGGAGUUGACCAGAAACCUCGCACAUUACCUCGGAACAGGACUUUCCCAAUAAGAGGCUUUCAGAUUUACGAUGGACCCAUUCAUCUCACCAGAAGCACUUUCAAAAAAUACGUGCCGACUCCCGAUAGAUACAGUAGUGCAAUUGGCUUCCUUAUGAAGAAUACCUGGCAGAUAACCCCCAGGAAUAACAUUUCCCUGGUGAAGUUCGGGCCACACGUCUCUCUGAACGUCUUUUUUGGAAAGCCCGGUCCCUGGUUUGAAGAUUGUGAGCUGGAUGGUGAUAAGAAUUCCAUCUUCCAUGAUGUUGACGGCUCGGUGACGGGCUACCGAGAUGCUUACGUGGGCAGAAUGGACAACUACCUAAUCCGCCACCCGAGCUGCAUCAACGUCACCAAGUGGAACGCAGUGGUCUGCAGCGGCACCUAUGCCCAGGUAUAUGUGCAGACGUGGAGCACUCAGAAUCUUAUGAUGACCAUCGUGCGAGAUGAGUACCCGUCCCACCCGAUGGUGCUCCGGGGCAUUAACCAGAGGGCUGCCUUCCCGCAGUACCAGCCUGUGAUCAUGCUGGAGAAGGGCUACACUGUGCACUGGAAUGGGCCUGCGCCUCGGAUCAUGUUCCUGUACCUGGUGAACUUCAACAAGAAUGACUGGAUUCGGGUUGGCCUCUGCUACCCAGCAAACACGACUUUCCAGGUGACCUUCGGCUUCCUGCAGCGGCAGAAUGGGUCCUUAUCCAGGAGCGAGGACUACCAGCCUGUGCAUUCCCUGGAGGAGCUGCAGAGGAAGCAGGAUGAGAGGAAAUUCUACUUCGACUCCAGCACCGGGUUACUGUUUCUGUAUCUCAAAGCCAAAAGCCACAGGGAUGGCCACAGUUACUGCUCAUCUCAGGGAUGUGAAAGAGUCAAGAUCCAGGCGACAACGGACUCAAAAGACGUCAGUAACUGCAUGGCCAAGGCGUAUCCACAGUAUUACCGGAAGCCGUCUGCGGUCAGGCGCAUGCCGUCCAUGCUCACAGGACUCUGCCAGGACUGUGGCACCCACCAGGUGGUGUUCACCAGCGACCCUCACAAGAGCUACCUCCCCGUGCAGUUCCGGUCACCCAGUAAAGCAGAAGCCCACCGCGGAGAGCUGUCUGUUGUUUCUGUCAACGGCACCGACUUCACCUUCCAAAGCGCAGGUGUCCUCCUCCUCAUUGUGGAUGCGUGCAGCAUUCCCUUCCGGUUGAUAGAGAAAAAGUUUUUCCCUCUCACUGAUGUUGAUGGCAUGAAACAGUAUUUGACAACAAGCAUCCCUCCAAGGUCAAUAGUUCUGUUGAGUACAAGAGAAGAAAUAAAGCAGUUGAAUAUUUCAGAUUCCUUAAUACCUCUGGGAUUAGCCAGACCAGCUCACCUUUAUAACAAAGGGAGCAUCAUAUUUUUGGGAUUCAGUGGAAACUUCAAACCAUCAUGGACUAAGCUGCUUACCAGUCCUGCUGGACAGGGCCUUGGGGUGUUCGAACAGUUCAUACCUUUGCAGCUGGAUGACUACGGCUGUCCCCGGAGCGCCAGUGUCCGCAGAAGAGACCUGGAACUGUUGAAGCAAGCUUCUAAAGUGCUUUAGAGACUGACUAUAACUUAAGUGCUGGGAAACAAAAUGUGAACUAACUUAUUUAAUUUAUGGCAUUUUAAAAUGACACUGUUAACCCAACAGAACCAUUUUUCUGUCUGAUACAAAAAAGAGAAAAAGAGUUCAGAGAGGUUGCCUGAACGCCAGCUUACGCACCUUCUAGUUGUACAAAUGUUAAAGACUGUAAGGCUGGUGUCUUCAGAACGCGCCUCUCCUGUUCCUCACCUGGUGCCUCCGGAUUUGGUGAUGACCAUCAGCAGUGUUUGAGCUGCGGUAAAAUGGAAUGUGCUAAGGUGGGUGGGGGCUUCUGAGUUGUCGUCUUGAGAGGACCAGCACCUUGUAUACUUGAAGUCUGCCCUCAGUUGUGCCCUGUGGCAGUUGACCAGGGUAGACGGUAUGCUCUGCAAUCCCUGGGGCCCUGUUUUGGGCAACCAUUGUGGAUUUUCUGUGAUGCUGAAUGACGUUUUAAGUGGCAUCUCAGGCCCAGCUCAUGCCCAUUUUUGCCUGGACAUGUGCUAUUUUUAUUCAUUUGUAUAUUGAUUACUUUUAAGGGUGCAACUUUCAAACAGGAAGUACAUUGGGGCAAAAGGGCUUUUAGGGAUUAGAAAUCCCCGUAAUUUGUGACUAUUGGAUAAACAUUUGACCUGCAUCAAGUCUGAGAUUGUUUGAAUCAUUUUGCAGCUUUAACCCUUAGCCUGUUUUGACUGUAUAUUUGUGUUCAAAAUGCAGAGCUAAGCUGAUUAUUUUUUUUAAAGAAGCAGGCCGUUUUCCUGAACUCCAAACUUGUGUCAUUUUAACUUGCACAGAGGAGGUUUCUUCUUGAUAUUGCUCUUGCACCUGGGUUUUUUGUUAUUGUUGUUUUUGUGUGGGUGUGGGUGUGUGGAUGUGUUUGUGUGUUUUAGAAAAGAUUCUCUGCUCACCAUCCUACCAGGAAAAUCCCAAAAGCUUAAUGAUAACCCAAAAUGAUGGUAAUCCAGGGUGGGAAGAAGGAGGAGCCUUUUAAGGACCAGAAUCAUGGAGGGAAUAUUGGGCAAUGAAUCCUUUUGUAGCCUUAGAGGAGUGAGUCACUCUUACCUAAACUGUUAAAGACAAUUGAUAAGAACAGAGUGAUUUCCAGUUUCCCUUCCCCUGGAAUCUUGUGUCUUGCCAGUGAGAAUUACAUUUGCCAAUGAAAUUAGGUUCCACCUGGGAUGCUGCCCCCCUCCAAGAGGAAGGAAAGAAGCCUUUGGAUUUAUAAAUGUAGACCCACAAGGCACAAAUCUGGAAGAGAGAAGGCCAAGUGUGUUUGGGCUGCUGAGCCUGGCAGUGAGUGCAGACAAAUUUCCUUUCUUUUACCAUGUGCCAGGGUGAUGGCUUCUACCUUUGUGUCCAGGAGAAACUACAGAACAACUCUGCAACUUGUUUUACUUUACGAAAUGUGCUACCUCAAAGUGCUGCCAAUAGAAACCAUUCUGACUGUUUGUGCUCACCCUAAGGGCACGUGUCUUAAUCAAAGUUUGGUUAGUGUUUUUGGGUGUGGGGUUGUUUUUUGUUUUUGUUUUUGUUUUUUUUGUACAGUAAUGAAUGAGAUCUUACCUAUUAAAUGUAUUAUUGGAAAAUGGUUCCUGAAGGUAAUUAAAAUUUGUGUGUUUUAUGACUUAAA